CGGUCAAGUUUGAGUGUGUCGGUAUAUAGGAAUAAUUAGAAUGGACCUGUUUUCUUUCUCUUUCUUAUGUUUGCUGCUUUUGGACUCUCAGCUCUGGAGCUUUGGAGCUCCAGCUCCAGCCUCAGGCCGCGUGUUUUUGGCCGGUCCGGCAGCAGACAGCGUUCUGCGGAGACACAAACGCUACAACACUGGUGUAUUUGAGGAGUUUCUAGAAGGUGACUUGGAGAGAGAGUGUACAGAGGAAGUGUGUGACCUGGAGGAGGCCAGGGAGAUCUUUGAGAAUGACGACAAUACGAUGGAGUUCUGGGUGAGAUAUACAGAUGGCAAUCAGUGUAAAUCAAACCAGUGCCUGAACCAGGGGUCAUGUCAAGACCAGCUCGGCUAUUACACCUGCUCAUGUUUGCCUGACUUCACUGGCAGGAACUGUGAGAUUGUUGUAUCAAAAAGGUGUGAUGUGAAUAACGGAGGCUGUAUGCACUUCUGUGAAUCCAUGGGAACCUUCGGCGCAAAGUGCUCAUGUGCCAGAGGAUACAGGCUGAUGCAGGACGGCGAGAACUGUGAAGCAGCCACUGAAUUUCCCUGUGGCAGAACCGCUCUGACAACGUUCAGUGGAGUAUCCACGAGGUCUCUGCUCGGCCAGAUAAACAUCACUUUACCGUCCAACACCACCUCUACUACACCCCCUCCCUCUACUCCAGCCAGCACACAGGCGCCUUCUACAGCAGCCAGUGACUCUGUUAGAAGCCGAUCCUUGAAGAAAUUGCCCCUUUGGGCGUUGAGAGACGCCGAGGCCCCCAGUGAGGAGCAGCCAAAUGUUUAUAAACGCAUUGUGGGAGGCAAGGUGGUGCUUCCAGGAGAGAUCCCAUGGCAGGUGGCUUUAAUAGCUCGUCCCGGUGGUCAGUUGUUCUGCGGGGGCUCCAUUCUCAGAGAACGCUGGGUAAUCACUGCUGCUCACUGCCUGGUGGAGGGUCUAGGCUCCUUCUUCGUCAGAUUGGGGAUGCAUAACAUCUACAUCAAUGAGGGCUCAGAGCAGGAUCAUGAAGUGUUGGAGCAGCACAUGCACCCCCGCUACAAUGCCACUGUAAGCUUGUACAACCACGACAUCGCCUUGCUGCGCUUGAAAAGCCCCAUCACCUUCUCCGCCACAGUGAGACCCAUCUGCAUCGGGCCUAAGGCUUUCAUUGAGGGCCUGGUGAAGGAGUCCUCCCCGGCUACAGUCAGCGGCUGGGGCAGAACACGCUUCCUGGGAUUAACAGCUGACACGUUGCAGAAGGUGGAGGUUCCCUUCACAGAGCGGACAGAGUGUAAGCGCAGCAGCAGCUCCAGGAUCACCCCUGUCAUGUUCUGUGCAGGAUACUAUGAUGAGGAGAAAGAUGCGUGUCAGGGGGACAGCGGAGGUCCUCACACAAACAGGAUACAUGACACCUGGUUCCUGACGGGCAUCGUGAGCUGGGGGGAGGAAUGUGCAAAGGAAGGGAAAUAUGGUGUGUACACCCGGGUGUCGCUUUAUUACGGCUGGAUCAACCAUGUGAUAGGAUUAACUAAGCACAGGCUGGCUCUGGAUGUGGAAGACCCCGACCCUUAACAUUAAAGAUGAUAGAUUAAAAAAUGAAAGUGGCUUACAAAUGUGUUACAUGUCGAAUA